UAUAGGUUUUUUAUUAGAUUGAGAGUAUAUAGAAGGUAUCUGGCAACAAGUGAAAAAACGUCUAUGUACGAAUCUAAGUUAGCUUAACCUUGACACAAAUAAUUGUUUUACAAAUAACCCCUAAAAUUUUUAAUAAAAAUUCUCCCUGUCCCUCUAUUGUCAAACAUUCUGUGUAAAAUUAUAUCUCGUAAAGUGAAGUAAAGGUUGAAUUGAAUCUCUAAUGACAGAUUUUGAAUGGGCAAUCGGUCUAAAUCGAAUCAUGUUAAAAACCGUCGGGUUAUGGCCGCCAGACACCCGAGACACUCGUGAAAAUAUAAGAGCGAAGAUUCGAUUGACAUACAACUUGAUCACGCUGCUCUUUAUCCUAACGAUACCAUCAUUAAUAGCUCUGAUAAGGGUAUGGGGUGACAUGAUUUUAAUGAUAGAAAAUAUGAUGUACAGUAUACCACUUCUGACUACGGUAUUCAAAGUCUGUAUUAUUUGGUACAAACAAGAAGAUUUACUACCUCUGAUUGAUAUGAUCGAGAGAGAUUGGACGAAACCGAAGAUGAAAGAGGAGCGAGACGUUAUGCUGAGACGUGCUAAAAUUAUUCGUGCGAUCGCCACGUGUGGAUGGAUCGUAACAUCGUUCACAAUAAUCUUCACAUUCGGCUUGCCGUCUGUCGGAAUGACCAUCCGACAUGUGACAAACCUGACCGACCCAGGAAAACCAUUGCCAAUACAAUCGUACUACUUGCACGACGUGUCCAAGAGCCCACAGUUCGAGCUGACGCUUCUGGCGCAGCUACUCACGUUGAUCACAACUGGUUUUUCAUAUACCGGGAUCGACCAUUUCCUCGGAUUAUUGGUUUUGCACGUAUGCGGUCAACUCGAGAAUCUAUGUUUGAGAUUGACGCACAUGAAAAUGUAUUCGGACUUCGAUGCGGCUUUGAUAUACAACAUCAAGGAUCACAUUCGCUUGAUCAGGUCAGUCGAAAUCAUUGAUGAUACAUUCAACGUAAUGCUACUUUUUCUGGUGCUUUAUUUGGGCAUAGUAUUCUGCUUGCAAGGAUUCCUUCUAAUUAAUGUUGUUAAUCAAACAGGUCAAUUGUCAUAUGUGCAUGUGGGUUGGUACGCCACAGCAAUUGUAUAUAUUUCAUUGCAUAUGUGUCUUUACUGUGUCGUUGGUGAAGUUCUCGUGACGCAAUCUGAAAAAAUACAUCACGCCACAUACAAAUAUCCAUGGUAUAAUAUAGAUCCAAAGACAUCAAAGAACUUAAUGCUGACCAUGCUUCGCGCGAGUAAACCACUCUACAUCACGGCUGGAAGAACAUUUCCCAUGACGAUGUCAACAUUUUGCAAUUUACUAAAAACAUCGGCAGGUUAUAUUUCAGUGUUACACGCCAAUCAAGAUUGACGACUAUAUUAUGAAUUCGGGACUUAUAGUCGCGUCCUUAGUAAUACUACAAUUUAGAUAGUUGACAAUUAAUAUGUAACAAUUGAAUUUUAUAUACAG